GGUGUUAGAUUUUCUAAUUUGGUACGGCCUGACCAUUUGUUGUUCAACCCAAUUUUCUAAUUCCGUGUGUUUUCAACUCCAAAAAUAUCAUGCGCGAAGGUGACUUAGUGAAAACAGUUGUCAAGGAGGUUUUCAGUGAGUUGAAAAAGGGUUACUUGGUAUUAUCGGAUUGAUAUCGGAUUGCUUGGUUGAAGUCGACAAUCACAUGAGUGAGAUCAUGAGAAUGAUUGGCCCUCAGACACAUGAAACACGGAUUGUUGGUAUCCAUGGAAUGGGUGGCGCUGGAAAGACCAAUCUUGCCAAAAUCAUCUACAAUAAACUUUUACCUGAUUUUGAGCAUCGUUGUUUCCUUUCUAACAUUCGAGAAACUUCAAAGGUAAAGGGUGUUGAGUACUUGCAGAAUCAGCUGAUCUCCAACAUCUUCAAAUUGCCAUGGAAAGAUAUAAGCAUAAGCAACACAGAUGAAGGGAUUGAGAUGAUUAAAGAUAGGCUGCGUGGUAAAAGGCUUCUCCUUCUCCUUGAUGAUGUUGAUAGAAAGAAUCAAUUGAAUGCACUUAUGGGCAAGCGUGAUUGGUUCGGUGAAGGAAGUAAGCUUCUCAUCACUAGUAGAAACAAAGAGGUUCUCAACCUUCCUGAAGUGGAUUGGACUUAUGAACUUAACUUCAUGGAUUUCGACAAAUCUCUUCGACUUUUCAGCAAACAUGCCUUCAGAAGAGAUCGUCCCUUGGAUGAUUAUCUCGCCCACUCCAGAAAGGCGGUAAGCAUUGCUGGAGGUCUUCCUCUAGCUCUCGAGGUUAUAGGCUCGCUUUUAUCAUGCAACAGUAAAGAAAAGUGGGAUGUCAUACUGAAAAAGUUGGAAAAUGUUCCUCAUGAGGAAGUCAGCAGUAAGCUGAAAAUAAGUUACGAGGCGUUGGAUGAUCGGCAAAAGCACAUCUUUCUCGAUAUAGCUUGUUUUUUCAUUGGAUGUGACAAAGAAAUUGCAAUUCACAUGUGGGAUGAGACCGAAUUUUUUCCAGAAGAAGCUUUGGAAGUUCUGCAGAAUAUGUCCUUGAUAAAGAUCGAAGAAAAUAAUACCUUGUGGAUGCAUGAUCAAAUAAGGGACCUGGGGCGAGAAAUCAUCCGCCAAGAUAGUAAUAUGGUAACAGAGAAGCAGACUAGGGUGUGGUAUGUUGAUGGAGCAUUAGAUUUGCUGAUGACUAACCAGGAAAAGGAAAAAGUUGAAGCUCUCCGUCUCCAGUUUCGCCAUUCGGCGGAACACCGUUUUGCAGAUGAGGACUUCAUGAGACUUCCAAAUCUAAGGUUCCUUGUAGUUGAUGGCGGGGAUGAAUAUAAAUGGAUGAGGGAACUUAAUGAUCAGAAAAAAAUUCUUGAACUCGCGUGUGGAGUAAUAAUGAGGAAAUUGCGGCAGCGUUUUCAUCUUCCAGUCAACUUCUUCCGGAAGAAGUCGCAUCUACUUCAGAAACUGCGAUGGCUUUCUUGGUAUAAUUUUCCUCUAAACUUUGACAUAGCCAAAUUAUCCAUGAGGAAACUAGUCGUUCUUGAUCUAGCAGAGAGCGCCAUUACCGAACGUUGGGACGGUUGGAGCCAUAUAAAGAUGGCGAAGAGCUUAAAAGUGCUGGAUCUGUCGGGUUGGGAGGAAUUGGUUAAAACUCCCAACUUCUCAGGACUCGCAAAUUUAGAACGGCUGAUCAUGGAGAGCUGUACAAGCUUGGUCGAAAUCGAUAAAUCCAUUGGUCAGUUACAGCGCUUGGUUUUCUUAGAUCUCAGCUUCUGCCUUAAACUCUGUAGCUUGCCACUUGAGAUUCGCGAGCUAAAAUCUUUGCAAGUGCUCCGUAUUCUUGGCAGGAGUGCACGGCACAAUAAUUUUACAUCUAACAUUGCGGUAAAGGGGUUUAUCGAGUUAGGUGCGACAGUUUUAACGAAAUAGAGGUGGGACAGUUUUUAUGAAAUGGAAUCAGAAUGGCAAAACCCAAAAGAGUACGGAUCCAUCUCGCUCACUCCGAGCUCUCAAAUCGACGAGGAUCCUCCGAUGGUUGCUGCCGAGGCCUCGCCAGCUCCGUCGCUUCGGAGGAGCCAAGUCCGUCCGAGACGUUCAUAUACCGAGCUGCGGGUUUCUGCUCAUCCUCUUCGCCUACGGAGCUGCUCAGAAUCUCGAGAGCACUGUUGAGUUUGGGAGACGAUUGUGUUGAACUGCGGGCUCCAAGUUCGCACAUCUUUCUGGGAAAAACGAGAGAAAUCGAGGGCACGAUUUCGCUUGGGAUCUGUAUGUGUGCUUCACAUUUUGCUCCUUGGCUGCGUCUCUAGGGGGUUCGGACAUUGGGCCCCAAAAAUGCUAUUCUUCU